UCUUCAACUCAUUCAACACACUCACACUAACAUUCAGUACAAAAAUAUUUGUUAGCUAUGUCUCCUUCUCUUCUGGUAACCAUCUGCCUCUGCAUUUUCUUCUUGUCCGUAAAUGCCAAUGAGGUUACCGUCGGUGGAAAGUCCGGUGGCUGGAAGAUCCCUCCUUCCUCUUCUUACUCUUUCAACGAAUGGGGUGACAAGUCUCGCUUCAAAAUCGGCGACUUUCUCGUUUUCAGCUACGAAGCCGGUAAAGACUCAGUUCUGCAAGUGACGAGAGAGGCCUACGAGAAAUGCAACACCACGAGCCCGAAAGCCAGCUACACAGCAGAUGGGAACACCAAGGUGAAGCUAGACCAACCCGGUCCGGUCUACUUCAUCAGUGGAACGCAAGGUCACUGUCAAAAGGGUCAGAAGCUUCGCCUUGUCGUUUACAUUCCUCAUGUCUCUGCUUUCUCUCCGGCUCCUUCACCGUCCGACGGUCCCGCCGUUGCGCCUACUAGUGGCGCUGCUAAGCUCAUCAGCUCCUUUGGUGUCGUUGGGCUUGUUGUUGGAUUCUGGGCCUUCUUCUGAGAGAAACUUAAAUCUGAAUCCUAUUCUAUUUAUUAAUUUUUCAAACAUCUCCCUGGUCUUGUUGUUACUAAUUUAGUACUCACAAGAUCAAAUCAAAAUUAUUCAUAUAAUCUGAAACGCUUUUGCACUUA